UUCUUUUAUUCUAUUUUCAGAAUUUCAACAUGGCGUCCAUGCACAUGUUUAUACUGUUUGGUUUGGUUUGGUUAAGUGUUGAGCAGGAAACUUGUCCUCCACAUGUUGGUCAGUUUGUAACACUAAACAAUAGACCAUAUCAAAAGGAACCAAUAGUUGUUAAAGUGAAGAAGAAAAAAGGAGAGACAGUUGGUCGAUUACGAGUGGAAGACAAUGCGUAUUAUGGAUCCCCAAAAUGUUCAAUACUGGAAGAUGUGAAAACAAAUUUAUAUAGUAACUUUAGAGUAAGAGAAGAGUAUGAUGCUCAAACAUUUAAACGUGGAAAGGACUGCGUGAUUUAUCUCAGCCAAGAUAAAUUCAUUGAAAACGAGGUUGAUAUGACUAUUCUACUUAUUGCUGAUGUUAGGCCUGGCUUGCCCGACGAAUGCCAAGUAAUAGUCUCUGCACGAGCAAGUUUUACUGUGCAAUUCUGUGCAAAUGAUGAUUGGAGUUGUUAUGAGAAAGCUUCAUCUGCUGACAUCGAAGGAGUCCUUGAUGACGAUAGGAUACAGUUUAGUGAAGAUAGACAGAUAGAAACCAAGGUUCUAGCUCCUAGUGGAGGAGUUGUUGAAAAGGGUUCUAACUCUACACAAUUAGCGGGGAUAUCACUCAGUAGUAGUAGUAGUACCAGCACUACUCAGCAAGUGAUCUAUAUUCUUCUUGGAAUACUUGGAAUCCUUCUCCUUAUUGUCCUCUGCUGUUUGUGUGCUCGGUGUAUUCAAAAAGGCAGUGAGGAAAAGAACGCCAGUAUGCCCCCCUCGCCAUCUCCUGCUGUAAAGCUAAGACAAGCAGUAAAGGAAGAAGAAGCGAGCAGAAUAAGACGUCAAACAAAACAUUCAAAACCAAGUCAACAACUACAAGGGUUUAAUAACCAGGACAGACAAGAAUACAAAGGAUACAAUAACCAGGAUAGACAAGAUUAUCAAGGAUACAAUAACCAGGAGGGGCAAGAGUAUCCAGGAUACAAUAACCAGGAGGGGCAAAAGUAUCCAGGCUACAAUAACCAUAAUAGACAAGAAUAUCAAGGAUACUUAAAUCAGGACGGCUAUCAGGAUCAAUUCGUUGUAAUGCCUAAAAACCAGAGAGUAUUCCGAGUAAUCGACGAGGACGAUUAUACAAUGCCAGGUUAUGUGAGUCGAUCCCGCGGUGGUGAGGAGGGAGAAGGAGGAGGAUAUAGUUUGAAUAUACUCAACUUGGAAGGAUUGGACUCGCUUGGAUCUAGUUAUAACAGUCGCUACAGCCGACAUAGUUAUGAGAAACAAUGGAAUAAUGGAAAUGGAUUAAGUGACAGUGAUAACAGCCACAGAAGUUAUCGCAGCUAUAGAUCAGAUAGAAGUAAUAAUACAGCUACUAGUUACAUUGAACAGGAUGAAUUAAAGAAUGCCCGAAUGAUGCGUGGUGUACAAACAGAUGCUGUUCUAGACUCUAAAAAUAUCCAGACAGACUUGGACCGAACAGAAACCAUUAUCCCUGAUCUCUACAGGAUUAAAGAGGACCCAGAGCAGGAAAACCAGGACAGGGAGGUGUCAGCACAGGUUAAUACUGAGAUAACUGGAGGGUAUGGAGAUAGAGAAGAGAAUAAUGAAUCUUUGAACCCAGAGGAUCUGGAGCAAUCUGUGAUUAUGGAGAUGCAAGAUGAUAAUGACAGUUUGUGGCAAAACUCUUUUCCUUUAAGCGAGAAUUCAUUGAAUGCAUCCUUUGUGACUGAUUCUCUUGGUCUAUCCUUUGAGUCUGAGAAUAGUUGGGAUAUGAUGGAUCAUGAACCAGGACCUGAUAUACCAGUUAAAGAAACUAAGGCGUCUUUGAUGCGGAAAAGAAAGACGACAAUGAUGAACAAAGACAAUGCUCAUGUACACUGCCACUAUCCAAAAAAACAUUGAUCAAAAACCAAAUUAUAAUCUUUUGUAAAGAUAUAGUACUUUUGUCAACAAAUAUUGUUUUUAUUUGCUGAAUAAAUUAUGGUGCU